AUGUCAAUCCAAACUAGUGAUCCAAAUGAAGCAUCGGAUUCUUUGAAGUCGUUGUCAUUGAUUGCUGCCCACUCUCAUAUUACAGGGUUGGGCCUGGAUGAGAACUUACAACCGCGUCCAACUUCUGAAGGUAUGGUUGGGCAAUUGCAAGCCCGUCGUGCCGCUGGUGUGAUACUGAAGAUGGUUCAAAAUGGAACUAUAGCGGGCAGGGCCGUCUUAGUGGCAGGUCCUCCUUCCACUGGUAAGACCGCUCUUGCCAUGGGUGUUUCCCAAUCUUUAGGUAAAGAUGUACCUUUCACUGCUAUUGCAGGUUCUGAAAUCUUUUCCCUGGAACUGAGUAAGACUGAAGCUUUGACGCAGGCCUUUAGAAAGUCCAUCGGUAUCAAAAUCAAAGAAGAAACCGAAUUGAUUGAAGGUGAAGUUGUGGAAAUCCAAAUUGACAGAUCCAUCACUGGUGGCCACAAGCAAGGUAAGCUGACUAUCAAGACAACAGAUAUGGAAACCAUAUAUGAAUUGGGUAAUAAGAUGAUUGAUGGUUUAACUAAAGAAAAAGUGCUAGCUGGUGACGUUAUCUCCAUUGAUAAGGCUAGUGGGAAGAUUACCAAGCUGGGUAGAUCCUUUGCUAGAUCCAGAGACUAUGAUGCCAUGGGCGCUGACACGAGGUUUGUUCAAUGCCCAGAAGGUGAAUUACAAAAGAGGAAAACAGUGGUUCAUACAGUGUCAUUGCAUGAAAUCGAUGUUAUUAACUCCAGGACUCAAGGCUUUUUGGCGUUAUUUACUGGUGACACGGGUGAAAUUAGAUCCGAAGUGAGAGACCAGAUCAACACAAAAGUGGCAGAAUGGAAAGAAGAAGGUAAAGCAGAAAUUGUCCCAGGUGUAUUAUUCAUCGAUGAAGUUCACAUGUUGGACAUUGAGUGUUUUUCGUUCAUAAAUAGGGCUUUAGAAGAUGAGUUUGCCCCAAUUGUCAUGAUGGCUACGAAUAGAGGUGUUUCCAAGACUAGAGGGACCAAUUACAAAUCUCCACAUGGGUUACCGCUUGAUCUUUUGGACAGAUCGAUUAUCAUCACAACCAGUAGUUAUAAUGAGCAAGAAAUCAAAACGAUCUUAUCCAUAAGGGCUCAAGAGGAAGAAGUUGAAUUAUCGUCGGAUGCCUUGGAUCUGUUGACCAAGACUGGUGUUGAAACUAGUUUACGUUACAGCAGUAAUUUAAUCUCAGUUGCUCAACAAAUUGCCAUGAAAAGGAAAAACAAUACUGUUGAAGUGGAAGAUGUAAAGAGGGCUUAUUUGUUAUUUUUGGACAGUGCUAGAUCCGUCAAGUAUGUUCAAGAAAAUGAGUCGCAAUACAUCGACGAUCAAGGCAAGGUUCAAAUCUCGAGUGUUAAGUCAGCAGACCCUGAUGCUAUGGAUACUACCGAAUAA